UAUAUAUAUAUAACUAGGUAUAGAAUAGAAUAUCAAGGACUAUAUCAGAUGUUACAAAUGAAAGAAACAGGAUUUAAUUAUAGGGGCAUUUUUUGCUCUUGCAUUUUUCAUUUUGGGUUAUUAUUUGUUACUCUUGGUUUUUGCCCCAAAUGUCUGGCCUUGGUCACAAGGCACAUUUAGUUACACACAAGUUCAUUGUGUACAAGACCUUUAUAGUACAGUUGAAUUUAAAUAUGCUCUGUUGUACAUAAUGAGUUUGAUUUUGUAUAAAGUAUGGAGUUCAGAGAGGUGUGGGAUGUGGAAAACAUUGUUAAUGAGCAAACUCUGAGCAUUUAGUUAGUUUGCUGCAUGAUUUGUCAUGAACUUUAAGCUGUUCACUAAAGGGCCACCUGUAACAGCUUUUCAGUAGUUUUUAGUGCUGAAACUUUGGAAAAACUGUGAUUUUCUUUUCAGCCAUGGAAAUAUAGUAUGUGCUCAGCUGUACAUUUACAAGUGAAGACUGUUUUUAAAUGAUUGUAUCUGUUGUCCUUGGAGUCUGUGAAAGGGCUGGACAUAUACAGUACAAGCACUUCCCUGAUCAACUCACAUUUUAUUAACACACAGAGGGAGAGGAAGCCACUCUUUAAUUCUUUAAUACAUUAGUACGUUGAACAUACAGCUGCCUGAGGCAUAAAGAGUCCAGCAGAAUGACUGCAAACCAAGAUGUCUUUAAAAACAUUCAGCGAAAGCCUGGUAUGCAGAUAUGGACCAUCAAUAAAAUGCAAAUGGCCCCUGUCCCAGAGCAAGCAUUUGGAAAUUUCUUUGAGGGUGACUGCUACAUCAUUCUUUAUGUGAGCAGCAGUUCCACACAAUCCAUAGACAUCCACUACUGGAUAGGCAACAGUUCCAGUCAGGAUGAGCAGGGAGCAGCAGCCAUCUAUGUAAAACAGCUGGAUGAAUAUCUGGGUGGCAGUCCAAUUCAGUACCGUGAGGUCCAGGGAAGCGAAUCAUCUAAAUUCAAAAGCUACUUCAAGAGUGGUCUCAUUUAUAAAAAAGGUGGUGUGGGAUCAGGGUUCACGCAUGUGGAAAGCAACGUGUAUAACAUUCUGCGACUGCUCCACGUUAAAGGGACAAAACAUGUGACUGCCAAAGAGGUGGAGGUGUCCUGGAGCAGUUUUAAUCUGGGGGACAUAUUCUUGCUGGACAUGGGAAAAGCAAUAAUACAAUGGAAUGGUCCUCAAAGCAACAGACAAGAAAAAAUGAAGGCUGUGCUGUUGGCUCAGGACAUCAGGGACAGAGAGCGUGGUGGCCGGGCUCAGAUUGGUGUGCUUGAGGGUGGGCAGGAGGAAGCCUCUCCUGAGCUCAUGAAGGUUAUGGUAUCCGUUUUGGGUCAGAGGAGUGGGCACUUGAAAGAGGCAAUCCCUGACAACAAACCAGACCAGGAACAGAUCUCAAACGUCAAGCUGUACCAUGUGUCUGAUGCCACUGGUCAGCUGGUAGUGCAGGAAGUGGCUGCCAGUCCACUGACGCAGGAUUUGCUGUGCUCCUCGGACUGCUAUAUUUUAGAUCAGGGUGGAAGUGCAAUAAUGGUUUGGAAGGGAAAAAAAGCGACAAAUGAAGAAAGAUGCUCAGCUAUGAGUCGGGCAGUUGGUUUUAUAAAAGCAAAGAACUACCCGCCCAGCACUAAGGUGGAGGUUAUGAGUGAGGGAGGAGAGUCGGCCAUGUUUAAACAUCUCUUCAAGUCCUGGAAAGAAGCUGGUCAAAGUCAAGGCCUGGGAAAGACCCACAAUGUGGGCAAGAUAGCUAAAGUGGAUCAAGUGAAAUUUGAUGUCAUGGAGCUUCAUGCUCAGCCUAAGCUGGCUGCUCAGGAGCGAAUGGUGGACGACGGCUCUGGGGAGGUUCAGAUUUGGCGGAUUGAGAAUCUUGAACUGAAGGAGGUAAACCCAAAAACCUAUGGACAGUUCUAUGGAGGAGACUGCUACCUAGUGCUGUACACCUACAACAGAGCCAACAAACCUCAGUACAUCCUGUACAUGUGGCAGGGUCGUCAUGCGACACAGGAUGAAGUGACGGCGAGCGCGUAUCAGGCGGUGAAUUUGGAUAACAAAUAUAAUGGAGCCCCCACACAGGUCAGAGUGGUCAUGGGAAAAGAGCCCAGACACUUCCUGGCGAUGUUUAAAGGCAGACUCAUCAUCUAUGAGGGUGGCACAGGGAGAGCAGGCGUGGUGAACUCUAACCCUGGUGCCAGACUCUUCCAGGUCAGAGGGUCAAAUGAGAUGAACACAAAGGCAACAGAGGUGCCUGCCCGAGCCUCCUCUCUAAACACCAAUGAUGUCUUUCUGCUCAAAACUGAUCAGAAUUUCUGCCUGUGGUAUGGCAAGGGUUGCAGUGGAGAUGAGAGGGAGAUGGGGAAAGUCGUAGCUGAUUUGCUUUCUGAGCAGGACAAGCAGAUUGUGAUGGAAGGGCAGGAACCUGCUCACUUCUGGGUGGCUUUAGGAGGAAAAGCUCCAUACGCCAGUGACAAGAGACUAGAGACAGAGAACCAUGCUCACGCUCCACUUCUGUUUGAAUGCUCCAAUCAGACGGGCCGAUUCCGCAUGACAGAAGUGGCUGAAUUCACACAGGACGAUCUGGAUGAGGAUGAUGUCAUGUUGCUUGACACCUGGGAGGAGAUUUUCUUUUGGAUUGGCAACUCAGCCAACCAGUACGAGACUCAGGAGGCAAGCAGCAGUGCAGUGGAGUAUCUUAAAACCCACCCAGCAGGACGGGAUCCUGGGACACCGAUCAUCUCUGUUAAACAGGGCUAUGAGCCACCCACAUUCACUGGCUGGUUCAAUGCUUGGGAUCCUCAUAAGUGGAGUGGAGGCCUUUCAUAUGAGGAGAUGAAAAGUAACCUGGGUGAUGUUUCACAAAUCACCGUGAAUAUUAUCAACAAAGACCCAAAUAAGAAGACAGACAGAGGUGUGGGGAGCUACAGUGCUCCUGGAGGCCCAGGAAAUAUAAAGUCCCAAAAUCAGCAGAUGCUCUCUUCCAGCACACAUAUAAACCAGUCUCCCAGCAAAGGAAAGCCUUCUGGGAUGCAGAGUUCUGAGCAGCCGGUUAAAACACCUAAUAUGUUGCCUUCCGGAGUGGAUCCUGGCAAACGAGAGGACUGUUUGAAUGACACUGAAUUUGAGAAUCUUCUUGGCUGCACCCGGGCCGAUUUCCAACGACUGCCUAAAUGGCGUCAGAACGACCUUAAAAAGAAGGCUGGACUAUUUUGAGAGUGGUUUUACUGCACUGAGCUGACAAAAUCUGAUCUUCAAACCCGAUUUAUGUAUUCUACAAGUUGUGUGAGAGACUGUCACUAACAGUAUCAGUGAAGUCUUGAUUGGCAUAGGCUUUGCACUGUAAUAGAUUCAUUUAUUCAUCAAAGAAAUUUCUACAAACUUUAAAAGCUAACAUUUAAAUAAAAUUAUGCCCUAAUAGAAAUGCUUUGUAAAUGUCUUCAUGUUAAAAUAUAUACCCUUUGGGACAAAACUUUUGACAACACUCCUCUAACGAAAAUGCCUCUAUUUUGCUUUUUUUUUUAUUACAAAUGAUAUUAUUAGCAUAACAAUUUACUGUUGCUGAGCGAGAUGGCAUGGAUUCCACGAGUUUGUGCAAAACCCGAUGAUCCAUGUUACCUCAGCAUGAUUUGAGAGAGUUGCAAAGAGAAUCUUGUGUACUUCAAUGGAAAUUAGAAGAUCUGAUGUAGAGCAAAUUUGCAUAUAAUUUAUUUUGUCAUAAAUUUCUUUGUUUUAAAAUGUUCAAAAUCUUUAAACUUUCUUAUUAUUUCCAGGUUUAAAUUAAAUUUUAAAUCCCAGAUUUCCAGACUCCCAGUAGUCUCAGACAUUUGGGCCAUACUAUGUUUUUAAAACACAGAAAUGAUCAAUUCUGUCAAAUUGAUUAAAACAUAUUUAACUCCUGUUUAGUAUACUAAUAAAACACAAUGCUUAUAAAUUGUUCUGAGAUGUUUUAUUUCGUUUUCACGAACAAAAGAGUGUCACAUAAUUUUUGAGUUUUCAGAAAAACAUUUUCUUUCUUCUUAUGAAAAUGUAAGAACAGGACUUAAUAUAACAGACUUUAUUAUGGCGUACUAUCACAUGUUAAGUAACAUGGUGUAACAACUUUCCAUCCUAAGGCACAUUAAAUAAAUUAAGGAUUAUAGAAAUAUUUCUAGAGAAGAGAAUUCAUAAACCGCAACAAUUCCUUACACCAACAAUGAAUACAAAAGACCUAUAAAAUAAAAUACCUUAACACAAAUAUUAAGCACAGAUAUGUAAGUUAAUUUAUCUUUUCAAUCUAUGAUAUACACAUGUGUAGUGCAAUUCUCAUACUGCUCUGAAAAAGAAAUGGCACUUUCUGAUGGUGACUGAAAAUAUUGAUCCAUAUUGAGCCUAACAUACAGAAAAUAAAAAAGGUAACCGGAUAGCACAGUAGUGUUUUAUUGUAUCCUGGGUUUACAAAAAGAGCAGGUAGUAGUAUUAAAAAUAAAGCAUUUUCCUACAUGAGUCAGGUUUGUAAACAGUUUGCAGCUUCUCAUAAUGCAUAUAAAGUCAUUUUAAAGUCACUGAUGGGGACUAACACAUAUAAUCACAUUAACAUUUAUCACACAGUAGUGAACAAACUGAUUACAAUUCAACACAUCUUACACAUUCAACACUAAACACAGGAAUGCUUGUGUUAAGAUUAAAUCUCCACUUUAAAUAUGUACAUUUAAAUAAAAUAUAAUUGUAACUAAAAUUAAGGCUUGAAGGCAAUGUUUGGGCAAGCUCACAAUUCAUUAAGACAUUCUCUGUUAUAUAAACUGUUAAAUGAUAUUAAUGAAAAAAAGGCACA